CGGUUCUCUGUCAGUAGCGAGCUAGCGAGCACAGGGCUGUUCGAGAGCAGGAGCGGAGCAAUGCCUAAAUCAAAGGAACUUGUUUCUUCAAGCUCUUCUGGCAGUGAUUCUGACAGUGAAGUUGACAAAAAGUUAAAGAGGAAAAAGCAAGUUACUUCAGAAAAAGCUGUAAAGAAGCAAAAGACUGGUGAAACUUCAAGAGCCCUGUCAUCUUCCAAGCAGAGCAGCAGCAGCAGAGAUGAUAAUAUGUUUCAGAUUGGGAAAAUGAGGUACGUCAGCGUUCGGGACUUUAAAGGAAAAGUCCUAAUCGAUAUUAGAGAAUAUUGGAUGGAUCCAGAAGGUGAAAUGAAACCAGGAAGAAAAGGUAUUUCUUUAAAUCCUGAGCAGUGGAGCCAGCUGAAGGAACAGAUUUCUGACAUUGAUGAUGCAGUAAGAAAACUGUAAAUUCAGAGCCAUAUAAAACUUGUACUGUUCUAGUUGUUUUAAUCUGUCUUUUUACAUUGGCUUUUGUUUUUUAAACGUUGUUUUCCAAGCUAUUGUAUAUUUGGAUUGCAGAACAAUUUGUAAGAAUACUUUUUUUUUUUUUAAAGUUCAUUAUUAAAAAUGUUCUGAGUGAAGCUAAUUGUCAAGUUUAUUAAGGGGAAUUGCUUUGUGCCCACCACCUAGUGUAAAAUAAAAUCAAGUAAUACAAUCUUAACUGUUGUGGCCUUCUUUGAUCAGAGUAAUUGGGACUGUUUAAGGCCAAAUGUUAACAGUUUAUAGACCUUUUAAUUUCAACUUGGCUUUUACAUUCAAAAGGAUUUAUAUUGUAUUGAAUUUAUAAACUUGAUCUGUGAAAUCCAUAGUUGAUCUGCUUUCUUCUAAACAAAUGUCUAGGCUUUGAUUUUCUAACCUAGUGAUACUUCACUUUCCCUUUUUUAUCUUUACUUCAUUUUACUUUAAUAACUUGUCAUGUUCAGUUUUCAUUUCACUUUUUGCUCUUUUUCUUAAUUAUACUUAUAUGAAAAGUCAGUGAAACUGUUGAAAUGUUAGUUAUCUCAAUAAGGUACUUAUAACUAAAAUUAUAUGAGAACUACAAUCACUAAUUCUACUGUAUUCAAUAUUAGGAGAUAUAGUUUGAUAAACAACAUGGCUUGUUUGAAAACUCUGAGCAAGUAAGUGUAUGUCAUUACCUGUAGUGUUCUGUGUAGUAGUUAUCUUAUUGCUUAGUCUGCAGACAAUAAUGACUUAGGUGUCUGAUUUGCUUUCACUUAUUAAACAUGUUUACCAUAGGAUGAUGUCUAUAAAAUCAGAUAUUGUUAAAUUAGACUAGGAAUUAAUAAAAAUUGUGAAAGCUUA